AGAAGCUUAUUCACUGUUUGGGGUUUUAUCGCUAUGGCUGCAACUUCUGCUUCUGCGUUUCGCUUAGUACCUUCUUCGUUCGGAUUCAGAUACCAUAGUAAUAAUCCUCCAACGCCCAAAUCAUUCAACCUCCGUUUCCCUCCACGUCACACCAGCUUAUUCGUUUCUGCUUCCGUUUCGAUCUCUAACACGGAUAUCCGAACACAACCUAAUGAUCUCGUAGCUUCUCUUCUUUCAAAGGUGGUGCAAACAGAUGGAGGAGUUUUACUGCAAAAGGAAGAACAUAAAGAGGUAGCUGAAGUGGUUCAGGAAUUGCAGAAGUAUUGUGUGAAAGAGCCUGUGAAAUGCCCCUUAAUAUUUGGAGAGUGGGAUGUAGUGUACUGUUCACAGCCAACAUCACCUGGAGGUGGAUACAGGAGUGCAUUGGGCCGAGUUUUCUUCAAAACAAAGCAAAUGGUUCAGGUUGUUGAAGCUCCUGAUAUUGUGAGAAACAAGGUCUCAUUUACUGCUUUAGGCUUUUUGGAUGGAGAGGUUUCUCUGAAAGGAAAACUCAAGGCUUUGGAUACUGAAUGGAUUCAAGUUGUAUUUGAAGCACCUGAAUUGAAGUUAGGAUCAUGGCAAGCACAAUAUGGAGGUGAGAGUGAAGUUAAACUCAGAAUCACUUAUGUAGAUGAAAAAAUCAGGUUAGGAUUGGGAUCCAGAGGUUCCUUGUUUGUUUUUCAAAGAAUAUGAAAUUGUAAUUCCGUUAAGGAAAAUUCUGGCAAGUUUGUAACUUGGCACUUUGUAUAAGUUCAUGUAUAAUAAUAUGAUUAUGAGUAAUGAGUGUAUAUGUGUUAGAGCUAGCUCAAAAAGAAAAAAUUUCCAAGACACUAGGGUGUUAUAUUAAAGUGACAAUGCAGUGUAAUCAACUUGCCAUUGAGAAUUUUUCGAUUUUUGUUGUGAAAAGAUUAUUUGAUUAAGGGAAUGCAAGGUAUGCUCUUUUCUUUUA